UGAGGGGAAGUCGAUGUCCUCAUGAGUCUCCUCCUCUCAGCUCCACGUCCACUCAUGCACGCACAUGGUCCACAUCUCUUCACUAAGAACAGUUUUGAGGCUUCCUCAGUGCAGAAGUUGACUGUGGCUUCAACGUCAUCAGAAAAGCUUCUCUUUAACCGUGGAUCAACACAGCUUAUCAAAUCCACUGCCUUCUUUGCAUCAUCAUGUACCUGGACUCAAGAUCUGUCUUCAUGGAUGAGCGACAUCUGAGAUUUGAGACCGAAAGACAACAACGAUGAGACUUGGCUGAAACUCCAGGUUGGAUGUGUACAGACUCUUGUGUGGUUGAUGGUGUGGCAUAACAUUCCUGAUUCUUGAUUUUUGUAAUACCCCUGCCUCUUGAGUUGAGUUCAUUAUGGGGGACGCCGACUCCACUAGCUCCAUGCGUCUAAAGCAGGAGAUCUCACUACUGCACGGUGUCUGCCUCAUCGUGGGGAACAUGAUUGGCUCGGGCAUCUUUGUUUCUCCCAUUGGUGUUCUGGAGAAAACAGGAUCUUAUGGUCUGUCUCUGGUGGUUUGGGUUAUUGGAGGAAUCUUCUCUGUUUUUGGCGCCUUGUGCUAUGCUGAGCUGGGAACAACCAUUCGCAAGUCGGGAGCUAGUUAUGCCUACAUCCUGGAGACCUUUGGGGGCUUCCUUGCAUUCAUCCGUCUGUGGACCUCGCUGAUGAUUGUGGAACCGGCCUGCCAGGCUGUCAUUGCUCUUACUUUUUCUAAUUACCUAGUGAAACCAUUCUUCCCCACCUGCCCAGCACCAAAUGAUGCAGUACGGCUCAUAGCGGCUGUUAUUAUAGGUCUUCUCACCUUUGUGAACUGCAUGAAGGUGAAAUGGGGGGCCAUUCUUCAGGUCAUCUCCACUGUGGCUAAAGUCAUGGCUCUCAUAGUCAUUAUCAUUGCUGGAAUGAUUGUGCUGGCCCAAGGAAAAACAGACAACUUUAGAGAUUCAUUUGAGAACUCUAAACUGGAUCCAGGAAACUUGUCUCUGGCUCUGUACGCUGCUCUGUACUCCUACUCCGGAUGGGACACCUUGAACUUCAUCACAGAGGAGAUUAAAAACCCAGAGAGAAACCUGCCCCUGUCUAUAGCGAUCUCCAUGCCUAUUGUCACAAUAAUCUACAUCCUGACUAAUAUCGCCUAUUAUGCAGUGCUGGACAUGAACACACUGCUACAGAGUGAAGCUGUGGCUGUGACGUUUGCUGACUAUGUGCUGGGAUAUGCUAGCUGGCUCAUCCCGCUGUCUGUGGCCAUCUCCUGUUAUGGAGGCUUAAACUCCUCUAUCAUUGCCGCAUCCAGGCUGUUCUUUGUGGGUUCACGUGAGGGCCAUUUACCCAAUGUCCUCUGUAUGAUCCAUGUCAAACGCUACACACCAAUCCCAGCCCUGCUGUUUAAUGGUGGCAUGUCACUCAUAUUUCUCUGCGUGAAGGACGUGUUCCAGCUAAUUAAUUACUUCAGUUUUAAUUACUGGUUGUUCAUAGGCCUUUCUAUAGGCAGUCUGAUCUACCUGCGCAUCAAAUCACCUGACCUGCACCGUCCUGUUAAGUUGAGUCUGUUCUUCCCGAUCGUGUACUGCCUGUGCAGUGUGUUUCUGGUGGUUGUACCGCUCUACAGUGACACUGUUAACUCUCUGGUGGGAAUCAUCGUCGCUCUCUCCGGGGCUCCUGUUUAUUACAUAUGUGUGCACCUCCCGCCCAGCUCCAGACCCGCCUUUCUGGGACACAUGCUCGACACAAUUUCAUUGCAAACACAGAAGCUGUGUUAUUGCUGCGUGGCAGAACCCGGUUUGGACCUGGACGAUCCUCCCGAGGAUCACAAAAAAGAAUGAACAUCGACUCUAAAGGAAGCUAAACCAAGCAGGCCGGAUUACCCAGACUACUUUGAGAAUAAGCCAACACUCAAGCCAGCACCACACAUCUGCACCUUCCAGUCUUGAGCGUGCAUGGGACGGAGCAAUGCAUGGAGAUGGAGAUUAGGAUCGAAAUAUUCAACCGAGUAAACAACUGAACUCACAAGUGUGUUCACACCCUGUGCCUCUGAUCCCUCAGACCUCUGACUGUGUUGAACAUCAAGUUCAGUUCAGUGGACCAUUCAGUUAACAACUGUAAUGUUGUUUUAUUGAAAUCAGGUUUACCUCAUUGUUUUAUUCAUCAAUGUUUAUUUUAUCUGUCCUUCUGUCUUAUAUGAGGCUCUGUAGUAAAGAUGAUCAACUUUUGUCAGGCCUGAUAACUGAAACGUGGCAUCUCUAGAGAUGUGCAAGAUGCUUUUUUGCUGGAUACUGAAUUUUGUUUACGGAGAUGAAGGAUUGUUUCAUAGGUACUUGAAAGCCAUAUCUUUUUUUUUUUUUUUUUUUCAGCUAUGACUCAAGUUGAAAAAAACUGACUUUGUUUCUAAAGUUUCUCUGUGAGCCUUAUUUCAGAUUUGUUCAGAUUAAAAAAAAUUGUUUUUUUUUUUUUUAUGAUGUCCAUACCAGACAGAGAUUUUGUUUUUGGUAACCAACAUUUGAAUAAUGCAUUUCAAUUCUUUGUAUUAUUAUUAUUAUUUGUCUUUUUAUUCAGGAUUUUCUGUGGGCCCCCCAUAUGGACAGUAAAGAUACAAAACAGCAGAAUCUGAGUUUACGAGAGGGGAGACAGUGUCUUAACAUGUUCGCCUGUUUUGGUCAAACACAACUUCAGUUGUUUCCAAAUCAUUUUAUUUUAUAUGAUUGCUGACGAGCACAGACAUCACUUUAAAAACUGCCGGUCAGAUGUGACAUCAUCUGAUGGACCUAUUAGAAUAAUAGACCAAAGAAUUUGUUAAAUGAAUGCCAGCAAUUGAGUAGCCUUAAGAAGUUCAUGCUAAAUAACAGAACAUCUUGCCAUUGCUCUUGUAUUCUGUACACCAGAACUUGAUUCCAUGCACAGGUCAUCCAAAGUCAUAUCCAAAAUAAGGCCAUCCAAAAUAUUUUCCGCCAUGAAAUUAUUAAUUACAUAUAAUUCUGACCCAACUCUGUUUUGCAGAUGGUUGUUAGGUGUUAGUCACCAAAACAAAAUAUUGAAAUUUGCAUCAUCUUUUGUUCUGUGAUAACUAUUCCAUCCGUUUUUCCUUGUGUCAUAAGUACUGUAUGGUUAUUAAAGCAGUAGUUAUUUUAUAUGGCUAAAUGAUCAAUAUAUUGUGCAGAACAUUCAAAUAUUCUACAUAGUCUUUUGAGAAUUAGUGUUAUAAAUCUAUGCUCUUUUAAAUGUUCUUCCAUUCCAUUAUGUUUUAUGUUCAUUUCAAGAUUGUGUACCAUUUUGUUGGUUGUUUUUAUUUUUUUCAUAGAUGACAAAUUGUAGACACUAUGACAAUAAACAAGACAAAUAGAAA